UGAAUAAAAAAAAAGAAAAUGUUUUUUUCCGGUUUAUUGCAUUUCAAUGGAAAAAAUAAACAAAGAAUGACGUUUGUUUUUAUUUGGCUUCUUGUUUCUUGUACCCUGCGCCGUCAAGAUAUUAAAUUUCAUUUAUUAAAUGGCAUGCUACAUUUUUUGAUUGUUAAUAUUUUUAGAAAGGAAAAGAAGAUUUAGUGUAAGUAAUUUAGGGCGGUCUUUAACUUUUCCUUUUGAACAAUGAAAGUAUUACACGCGUAAUAUCAGAGGAGGAAACUUGAAAUACAAAAUCAACCGGCAUAUAUUAUUUUACUUAAACAAGAUGUUUCAAGAAACUAUGAUCUCAUUUUUAUUAAUUUUCUUGUUAGUAAAUUUAUGUUCUUGUAGCGAUCUUUAUAGUGAUAAAGUUUUGAAGUAUGAUUCCGAAACGUUUAAGAAAAACAUUGGGGGAAACAUACCUCAUUUUGUUAAUUUCUUUGCACCAUGGUGUGGCUAUUGUAAACGUUUGAAGCCAGUAUGGGAUGAACUUGCUGAGAAAUAUAAUAAGGAUUCUAGUCAACAGGAAAUUGUUAUUGCAAAAGUUGAUUGCACUGCAGAAACUCCUAUUUGUGCUGAAGAAGAUGUUUCGGGUUAUCCAUCGCUUAUUUUCUAUGACGUUGGAGAGAAAAAGGGUAUAAAAUACCAAGGAAAACGUGAUUUAUUAGGACUAGAAGAAUUCAUUUCAAAUAACCUCAAGGAAGAAAAAAAAUCAAUACCUCCUCCUAGCUUAAAAAUGUCACCUGGAAGUGGUGCAAUAGAGUUAACUGAUGAAAAUUUCCAUCAAGUGGUAGAUUAUGGACUGCAUUUUGUAAAAUUCUUUGCUCCCUGGUGUGGUCAUUGCCAGAGAAUGGCCGGAACAUGGGAAGAGCUUGCUAUUUCAUUGCAACAUGACAAAUCAAUAAAAAU